CUAAGACGGCUAAAAACCAGCAAGCAAACACAAAUCAUGGACUUAUAGCUCAAACUCAAGUCAUCAGCUCAUCUCACAUUUACACUUUUCCUUUCUCACUCCUCACACUUCUAGAGAGAGAAAGAGAAAAACAUCAUCAGCAUUUUUCUCAUCGAGUUGAAACCAUUUUUGUCGGUGACACAAAAAUGAGCAUGUAUGGUAGAGAUCCAUGGGGAGGACCAUUAGAAAUCAAUGCAACAGAUUCAGCAACAGAUGAAGAUCGUAGUAGAAACCUUCAAGAAUUAGAUAGAGCAGCUUUAUCAAGACCAUUAGAUGAAACACAACAAAGUUGGUUAUUAGGUCCAACAGAACAAAAGAAAAAGAAAAAAUAUGUAGAUCUGGGUUGUAUCAUUGUUAGUCGAAAGAUCUUUGUUUGGACUGUUGGAACUAUUCUUGUUGCUGCUUUUAUUGCUGGUUUUGUUACUCUUAUUGUUAAAACUGUUCCUCGUCAUCAUCAUAAACAUCCUCCUCCUGAUAAUUAUACUCUUGCUCUUCAUAAAGCUCUUAUGUUCUUCAAUGCUCAAAAAUCUGGGAAACUUCCAAAGCAUAACAAUGUUUCUUGGAGAGGAAACUCGGGUAUGCAAGAUGGAAAGGGUCCUGGUGUAUCUUCUGUAAUCAAGGAUCUAGUUGGUGGAUACUAUGAUGCCGGAGAUGCCAUCAAGUUCAAUUUUCCUCAAGCUUAUGCUAUGACCAUGUUGAGUUGGAGUGUCAUUGAGUAUAGUGCUAAGUAUGAAGCUACCGGCGAGCUUAAUCAUGUUAAGGAUAUCAUUAAAUGGGGUACCGAUUAUUUUCUCAAGACGUUCAAUAGUACUGCCGAUACCAUUACCACACUCGUUGCUCAGGUCGGGAGUGGAAAUACCGAUGAUGGAAGUACGACUCCCAACGAUCACUACUGCUGGAUGCGUCCAGAGGACAUUGACUAUGAGAGGCCAGUCACUGAAUGCCGCAGUUGUUCAGAUCUUGCUGCAGAAAUGGCCGCUUCCUUGGCUGCUGCAUCCAUUGUUUUCAAAGACAACAAAGCCUAUUCCAAGAAACUUGUUCACGGUGCCACUACACUCUUCAAGUUUUCCAGGGAUCAAAGAGGCAGAUAUAGUGCAGGUAGUUCCGAAGCUGCAACAUUCUACAAUUCUACCGGCUACUUUGAUGAGUUUGUUUGGGGAGGCGCAUGGUUGUACUUUGCAACCGGAAAUAACUCAUACCUUAAGCUUGCUACUAAUCCCGGCAUUGCUAAGCAUGCUGGUGCUUUCUGGGGAGGCCAAGAUUACGGGGUAUUUAGCUGGGAUAAUAAGCUUGCUGGUGCUCAGGUUCUUCUUAGUCGUUUGAGGUUGUUCUUGAGUCCUGGAUAUCCGUAUGAAGAAAUUCUAAGGACCUUCCACAAUCAGACCAGCAUAGUCAUGUGCUCCUACCUACCUGUUUUCACAAGCUUUAACAGAACCAAAGGAGGCUUGGUUCAAUUAAACCAUGGUAGGCCUCAGCCUCUCCAGUAUGUUGUCAAUGCUGCUUUUUUGGCUACCCUAUACAGUGACUACCUUGAAGCCGCUGAUACACCUGGAUGGUAUUGUGGACCUAACUUCUUUUCAACUGAAAAACUCCGCGAGUUUGCCAGGACACAGAUUGAUUACAUCCUUGGGAAGAAUCCGCGGAAAAUGAGCUAUAUUGUUGGUUUUGGUAAUCAUUAUCCAAAACAUGUCCACCAUAGAGGUGCAUCUAUACCAAAGAACAAGGUUAAGUAUAAUUGCAAAGGUGGAUGGAAAUGGAGGGACACAUCAAAGCCAAAUCCAAAUACAAUUGUUGGUGCUAUGGUUGCUGGUCCUGACAGGCACGAUGGUUUCCAUGAUGUUCGCAUGAACUACAACUACACAGAGCCAACACUUGCUGGAAAUGCUGGUUUAGUAGCAGCAUUAGUCGCAUUGUCAGGUGACAAAAGCAUACCGAUUGACAAAAAUACUCUUUUCUCUGCUGUUCCCCCGAUGUUUCCAACACCACCACCACCUCCAGCACCAUGGAAACCAUAAGGUGUCAUGCCGUCCGUUAUCUUUUCUCCAACAAGUACCACGAAUGACUUGAGUGCAUUGGUAACUUCUUUUAUUUUGUAUCAACUCAAAGUUCAGCGAAAUUUUUGAAGACAAGGCGAUGGAGAAAUGGGAUUAUUUGGAACUCGGCCUUGUGACUCGAGAUUAGAAUUAAGACUUGAUAAAGUGGUACUUGAGAGUGUAUCUUUGUUUACUUUUUUUUUUUUUUUCUUUUUUGUGAUAUACAUAGUAUAUUUGUAUCAAAACCAAAUCUUGUAUUCUUUAAACAUGAAAACUGAACAGCUUGUAAUUGUUUUGACAGUUUCAUCUAAUGUGGUUACAGUUUUACUCGUC